CAUGUAGUCCCUACCCCCAUUCUCUCCUCUUGCAAUAUGAUUGGUUGAGGGCGGGCGUUCCUUCCUUUCCUUCGUCACCGUGAGAGACGGCCACCAAGAUGAAUGACACAGUGACCAUCAGAACAAGGAAGUUCAUGACAAACCGACUUCUGCAGCGCAAGCAGAUGGUCAUUGAUGUUCUUCACCCAGGCAAAGCUACCGUUCCCAAGACUGAAAUCAGAGAAAAGCUGGCGAAGAUGUACAAGACAACUCCAGAUGUUAUUUUUGUUUUUGGUUUCAGGACUCACUUUGGAGGUGGCAAAACUACAGGCUUUGGCAUGAUCUAUGACUCUCUUGACUAUGCAAAAAAGAAUGAGCCUAAACACAGACUUGCCAGGCAUGGGCUUUAUGAGAAGAAAAAGACUUCCAGAAAACAGCGCAAAGAACGUAAGAACAGAAUGAAGAAAGUAAGAGGUACAGCCAAAGCCAACGUGGGUGCUGGUAAAAAGAAAUGAAGUUCCCUGCAGUGAACUGGGGAGUGGCUGGCACAGAAGGAUUAAAGAAUCCCAGGAUGAAUUGCGAGAUUCUGAAGAUUGUGAUUUAAUCCAAGUGAUUGUAAUUAAAUUUGUAAAAAUUGAU